UGUGCUUAGAAAGUGAAUCACAAAUAACAAACACGUAUUCUAAACGAAAAUGAAAAUAAAAUGUACUAGGUUGUUAGUAAAAGAAAUAUCACCACAAAUAUAAAAACAUGGAUUUCACCGAUGCUCCCUAUGAUCGCAAAGGACAAAGACAUUGUUAAAGGUGAAUACAGUGAGAUGCAAGAAAGGACUUCAAGACAACAUGGAAGCUCAGCAACUGAUGUUGCAAGAAAGGCAGAACAGAAAACACAAAACGGAUGUGACACAUUUAAGAUGAUCAAAAUGACCAUUAGCUAAAAAACGUGAGUGAAAAGGUCAGCUCUAAUAAUGAAAUAACUUCUGCCAGACUGUAAGAAAAGAUGGAGGAAAAUUAAAAAUUUUACCGUAUUAUAUACACCAUAGUAUUUAGGUCAGCAGCAUUAGACAAUCCAGAUCUAGGUGACUAAAUCUGAAGGCAUGCUGUGGACAUUCCAUGCUCUCCCUAUUCCCAAACAUCCCCACCUCAUACAUGAAUUUGGCAUGGUAGAGAGCAAAUCUCGGCAGGCUUGGGCUUUUCUUCUCCUCAGUUUACCUUCUGUUUUUCAGUAAAUGUUGCUGCACCCACUUUUGGAAAGUCUUUGCUCUUUAUAUGGGCAACACUUCCACACCCCCGUCAGUUGAGAUUGCGCAACACUUUUCCUCUUUCCCGAAAAUGAAAACCGUUCCCUGCAGGAGCAGACCAAUCAGAUUCUAUCCAUCCCUGCCAACAAACCAAUGGCAGCACACUCAGAAAGAGGAAGUCAUUUGAGGGUAUAAAACUACAUGAGGCCAGUCAGUUCAUUCAUCUAAACAUGUGAGUCUGAAGAAGCGAGGAGAUGAAGAUAACAGGAAGGACCAGGGGGUUCCCCGAGAAUAUCAAGGUUUUUUAUUAUGCCAGUGAUAGUGUGGAGCCGUAUGUGAAGAUUAUCACUGUGAAGGAUGCCAAGCGUCGCCUGAGUCUGUGUAGCUCAGAAGAGUCAGAAUCUGAGCAUGAGUACCGCGAGGAAGUCGAGGAUAUUGUUCCCGUUCUCUGCGACCUCAGCCAGCUGCUGGAGGACCACCACAUGGAGAACCUUGCUUCUCACAUGCCAGCCAGGACUCAGGGGUACCCAUGGCAACUGGUCUACAGCCUCGCCAUCCACGGCAGCAGCCUGAAGACCCUCUACCGGAACAUGGCGGGUCUGGACAGCCCGGUGCUGCUGGUCAUCAAAGACAUGAACAACAAGGUGUUCGGGGCAUUUUCUUCCGAUCCAUUCAGAGUCAGUACAUCUUGCUAUGGUACUGGAGAGACGUUCCUGUUCAGCUGCAACCCAGAAUUCCAGGCUUACAGGUGGAGCGGUGAGAACUCCUACUUUGUUAGCGGGAACAUCGACUCCCUGCAGAUCGGAGGAGGAGGCGGAGGAUUUGGACUGUGGCUGGAUGCCAACCUGUACCGCGGAUCCAGUAUCUCCUGCCCAACCUUCCACAACCCUCCUCUCUCCAGUGAGAUGGACUUCAUCGUGAAGGACUUGGAGGUCUGGUCGCUGCAGAAAUAAACAAUGUGAAUGAGAUUUUUAAAAAAGAAAAAAAAAUGGGGAAAAAAAGUCAGUUAUCUGAAGUGACGAUACCGAAACUUGUGGUUGGUUUUUCCACCACUGGUGCAGUGGCUGCUGCCUCCCACGUCCUCCAGUCCUGCUCUGCUGGUUCACAGCACGUCUGUGAACCAUAUGGACCUGUUCCUACUUGAAGAUGAGCAGCCACUUCGAUUCUCACAUUCCAGGGUCUUUCAGCUGUAAACUACUGGCUACUUAUGAAGAGUAUGCUCAGCUCUCUGACAAAGUUGUACAGAGCUUUCUUGCCCAAAGCUAACUAACUGUUUGGUUAAAAAGUUCAGAAAAAAAACUAUAUUUUUAAGAUAUUUUUGCGGCAUGAGAAAUGAUUGUUACAUUAAGUGAGGCUGAUGUCAGAGGUCCAUGGAUUUACUCGAUAAGAAUGUUUGAACAAAAUAGUACAGAUUUGCACUAUGUUUUAUCUGCAAUAUGUCUUCGGGAGAAGGGACUUCAGCUGUUGCUUUAUAGACCACCAGCCAUGUUUGAAUACUCUCCUGUUCUUUUUUUAUUUUCAAAACAGUCGGUGUGGUUCACAUGUUUUUAUUUAAAAUGUAUUUAACUGUGUUUCCUAAGAAAAGAAUUAAAGCGCAAAGCAAACAAAA